UUUUGGAACAUGGCUGCAUUCCCAGUGGAACAUAAGGUGAUGUGAUUGAAGUGAUGUUGGCAUGGACAGGACACUCAUACUAAAAGUUGUGUCUGGGAAGCACGUGAUGUGUUUGGUGUAAGAAGCUGCUCCGUCCCCUCCUCUCCUCGCCAUCAGAUUUCAGUGUCAGGUGUGGAGCUACCGAUAUUUCAAGAAAUAGAUUUUUCAUAUUUUUGUGAGAGGGACAUACAUCGAGUGGAUGCAACGUCGAUCUAACGCGUGCUUUGGUUGAAAUUAAAAAAGAACCGUAAUAUAUAUUUACAUAUUGACAUAUUGUCACAAACAAGAUGGAUCUGUGGUCAAGGUUGGUGGUAUGGAUUGUAUGUGCCUCAUUUCUCCAGCCAGGACAUGGAGACAAACCCACCGGAGCUCCUCCGGAGGAGUCUAUACUUGCAGAUUUCUGUCGCAUCGACAAAAUAUUGUGUCACAAUGAGGAUGAACUGCUCAGCUUCGAAGCCGUCAUGAGUAUUCACAAGCAGAUGGACGAUGACGCCAAUGGGAAUGUAGAUGUUGAAGAAAGUGACGAGUUUCUGAGGGAAGAUCUGAAUUACCACGACCCCACAGUAAAACACAGCACGUUCCACGGAGAAGACAAGCUGAUCAGCGUGGAAGACCUUUGGAAUGUCUGGAAAGUGUCUGAAGUGUAUAACUGGACUGUGGAGGAGGUGGUUCAGUGGCUUAUCACGUACGUGGAGCUGCCCCAGUAUGAAGAGACCUUCCGCAAACUACACCUGAGUGGGCGAGACAUGCCAAGAUUAGCUAUAACCAACGCUACCAUGACUGGAACCCUCCUCAAAAUGACUGACCGCAGUCACCGACAGAAGCUGCAGCUGAAGGCUCUGGACACUGUGCUUUUUGGACCUCCUUUAUUAACCCGUCACAAUCAUCUGAAAGACUUCAUGCUGGUGGUGUCCAUUGUCAUUGGGGUGGGAGGCUGCUGGUUUGCCUACAUCCAGAACCGCUACUCGAAGGAGCACAUGAAGAAAAUGAUGAAAGACUUAGAGGGUCUACAUCGUGCUGAGCAGAGUCUCCAUGACCUUCAGGAGAGGCUGCAAAAAGCCCAGGAGGAGCACCGUACCGUGGAAGUAGAAAAGGUCCAUUUGGAGAAGAAACUCCAAAAUGAAAUAAGCCUGGCCAAACAGGAGGCCCAGAGGCUGCGGGAGCUGAGAGAGGGAACGGAAAAUGAGCUCAGCCGACAGAAAUACGCCGAGCAAGAGCUGGAGCAGGUGCGUAUGGCUCUGAAAAAUGCUGAGAAAGAGUUGGAGUCACACAACAGCUGGUCAGCACCGGAAGCACUGCAAAAAUGGCUGCAGCUGACGCAUGAGGUGGAGGUUCAAUAUUACAACAUCAAAAAGCAGAGCGCAGAGAAGCAACUGUUGUUGGCAAAAGAAGGGGCAGAAAAAAUUAAAAAGAAGAGAAAUACAUUAUUUGGGACAUUUCACGUAGCACACAGUUCCUCGCUGGAUGACGUGGACCAUAAAAUUCUUUCAGCAAAACAGGCACUCAGUGAGGUCACUGCCGCACUGCGAGAACGUCUGCACCGCUGGCAUCAGAUUGAAACCCUGUGCGGCUUUCAGAUUGUUAACAAUCCUGGUUUCCACAUGCUGGUAGCUGCCCUGAAUGUAGAUCCCACCCUACUUGGCGGAGGACGGCCGGCACCCACACACUUUAUCAUGAGUGAUGACCUCGAUGAUUUAGACGAAGAGAUUGUAUCUCCGAUCACAAUGCAGUAUGCAGCUUGGCUCAUGGGGCGCAGGUACAGUGAGCGUCCAUCAACCUGCUCUGAGGAUUCCUCCCUCUGGAAAUUUUCUGCACCCAAUCUGAGCAGCCUCCGACAGCGGCAGGUGGACCCGCAGCACUCCUUGGGAUCACAGAGGUUGGUAGAAGGUUAUGUUGUAAGCCAAAGUGACGCCAACACACCCGUCCACUACCGACCAAGCAAAGUGUCUCUCCACCGUAUGCGCAGCCUCUCACAUGGACAGUCUUUCAGCUCUGAGUCUCACCCAACAUGCUCUUCUUCUGCUGCAUCUGCCACUCCAUGCCCUCCUUUUUCCACCCCGCCACCACAGCCUGGCGGGGGACUUGCACACCCUGUCUAUUACCACCACUCAACUACUUACUUUCUGCAGAUGGACUCUCUUCCUGAUCUACCCCCUCCUGAUGUCACUUCAGGAAUCCCUUGCCGUUCACCCAGUGUUGGGGAUUUGAGCCGUUCAGAUUCGGAGUCCUCUAUUCCCCACAUGAGUGACCAUAGAUUUUCAAAAAUCCCAAGCACCAAGCCCACAUCCCUGCCUAGAUCUUUGGAUGAACUCUCAUCCAGUAGUCAAACCAUUAAUGGUGGCCACCGUCAGCUGGAGAUGGCCAGUGCGAGUACCUUGCAAGAGAUACAAUCCAGAAGCCCACAGCUGGAAGAGAAGAUGACAGAAAAAUCUCCCAGUUUAAGUGAGCUUAGCCUGGCCGGAACUACACAGUCUGAUGACUCCAGGUCCCACAGCCCAAGCUCCACCGAAACAGAAACUCCUUCUCCUGGUACAGAUUCCAAACAUGGCUCCAAAAGCACCCGCAUCCCACAGCUGGCAGGGAAGAAAACCCAGGGAGAAGAUGACAGCGGUUCCACGGGGGAGGAAAAUGACCCAAGCUCUGGCAAAAAGAAAUUGACACUGAAAAUCUUCAAAAAGCCAAAGAAAUAAACAUGGGGCUGGAGUCAUAGAGCAAAGGAACACAGUGGGGUGACGGGAGUAAUUACUGCAGAGCUCACCCUGUGUUAGAUGAUAUAUGCAGAAACAGGGGAGAGGAAGCAAUGGGGUGGGUGCCAGGUCGUGAUCAUUUUCCCGUCCCUGAGAGGAACAUCAUAUUUCCUAAAAUCAUACAGUAUUGAUGCAGAAAUAGGGGGGGCUGCUUAUCCUCGUAUUUAUUUCGGGGCUGCUGGCUGUACACCAUUUUUCAAAUACCCCCAGUUUAAUUCUCCCCCCGUUAAAGGGCAUCUUUGCUUUGCUAUGCAUGGCUUUUGGGGAGUCUUCCUCCCUUUGCCACAAAACGAAUACCCCACAUGAGGGCAUUGAUAGAUUUCUAUUGGGAGAGGUUUAUUGAAUGAGGUAAUGGGAUUUGUUGGGGAGGGUUUUGGAGGGACAUGUUUGUAUUUUUCUUCUGUUUUGUUUGUGUUUUUUUUGUUCCUUUGUUUUUUCUGUAUUCUUUGCUUAUGAUGGGCAUGCGUAUAAAAAAAAAAAAAAAAAUUUAAAUUAAAAACGAAUAAAAGUUUACCAACCCAGUUAUAGAAGUGGUUAUGGUGCCAGGAGUGGUGGUUGUAGUUGUUAUGGUAC